AUGGAGAGGCUCAACAAUAUUCACAAUAACAAAAACCCACCGCCGCCGUUGAUGGUCAUCAGCCGGAAGAAGCUCCAGUCCAUCCUCCGCUGCGCCAUGGUGAUGAUCCGAAAGGGCGUCUCCAACUCCAAGACCAAGCUCGCCCUAGACCUCCACCUCAUCAUCCAACGUGGCAAGGACCUCGUGACUCAGCACCAGAUCUCCCCUCCCGCCGGCUGCCGCCCCGACGACCCGGAAGCCUCCUUCCUGUCCCCCAUCAGCUGCGGCGCCGGCCACGUGGACGUCCGGCUCUCCUACGUGUCACCACGCGACUACCAGUUCAGCUGCUGCAGCAACAGCCCUUCCUCCGCCGCCGCCCGCCGCAGCCGCCGCAGGCGUCCCCCGCCGCGGAAGCCCUACCGCUACAACCACCACUACAGGCAGCCGCCACUGGCGAGGUAUUAUAACCAUGGUGACGUGGACGGCCGCGGGUUUGAGGUGGCGGAGUCGUGUGCCGCCACGUCGACGGUGGGAGGGUGUUCUUCGGCGUUGUCGUCGGGGGGAGGGUCGUGGAGCCCGUUGGUGAGGGAGGUGAGGAUCACGGACUCGCCGUUCUCGUCGAUGCGAGGUGGCGGCGGUGCUGGCGCGGGACACGUGGAAGGCCACGUGGACACGGAAGCGGAGAGGUUCAUUCAGAGGUUCUACACGGAUCUGAGGCUGCAGAAGUGGAUGGCUGCGGCUGGUUAUCACGAACAGAAACAAUGA